GAAGCGUUGCGUUGCGUUCAGUUGUAAUCUCAUGCAAAGAAUUUGUGUUAAAAGCAAUGUGCAAGCAAGGAAAAUUACUCAUUAACCGUUAUAUGUUGUUGUUGUUGUUAUUGGGAUACACUUUUGGGUGGCGACGACCACAGUAACUCGAAAUUCUACAACGAUUUCAAAUAAAAACAACAACUACAACUAUCAGAACGUCAACGACAAAGCUCAAAGGCGUUUUUUUCCUGUUGUUUUUGUGUGGAGUUGUAUUUGUACAAGUAGAAAAUGUGUAUGUGCCAGAAAGUGAAACGAAAACGGGAACACGCCUUUUGAAGCCAGUGAAGCCAGCGAAGCCAGUAACCAUCAGCUAGGCAGUCAACAGCAGUUAGCGAGCGACCUAAGCCAGCCGAGCAGCGCCUAAACAUUGAAACUGCCAAAGUAUAGUACAUAUAGUAUAAUACAUACAUAUAUGUAUGUGGAUACGAAACUAUACAAUCAGAACGUGCGAGCAGGAAUUUCAAGCGCAGCCUUAAAUGAUUGUAAUCAAACCGUCGGCUUCCUCAACACUCACUUAUCACUAGCAAGCCAUAAGUUCACUAUAAUUAGCCAUCAAUCAUUAUGGGUAAGGAUCAAGAAUUUUUGGAUGCAGCACGCAAUGGCAACAUUACUUACAUCGAAAAGGUGCUUAAUCAACGCGCUAAGCGCGCCGGACCACUCGCCAGUCUACGACGCGGACCAGGUGUCAAUGCGCAGGAUAGCGGAGGUUACUCAGCUUUGCAUCACGCCAGCAUCAAUGGACACAGCGACAUAGUGCGGUUGUUGUUGAACAACGAAGCUUCGCCGAAUUUGCCCGACUCACGUGGCUCCUCGCCGCUGCACUUGGCCGCUUGGGCAGGUCACCAAGAUAUUGUGAAAAUGUUGUUAACACAUCCGUUUAAGCCGGCGCAACCAAAUAUACAGACCAUCGAAAAUGAGACGCCACUACACUGCGCCGCACAACAUGGCCACACCGGCGCACUUGCAGUGCUGCUGGCACAUAAUGCCGAUCCGAAUAUGCGCAACUCGCGCGGCGAAACACCACUAGACUUGGCGGCGCAAUAUGGCCGUCUGCAGGCUGUACAAAUGCUGAUACGUGCGCAUCCCGAACUGAUCGCACACUAUAGUGUGGCAGCAAUCGAGGGUGGGGAGCCUUAUGCCACCGGACACCACCAGCAGCAGCAGCAGCAGCAACAACAGAAAACACGCCGCACCUCACCACUGCCACACUCGGGCUCGGUAUCAACACCGUCACCCUCCUCACCAUCUAUUACUUCCUCGCCUGCAACACCAACACGUAACAUCUUCCCGCACACUUGCCUGCAUGUGGCCAGUCGCAAUGGGCACAAAAAUGUGGUUGACGUUUUGCUGGCAGCAGGUGUCAGUGUUAAUUUGCUCACACCAUCUGGUACCGCUCUGCACGAGGCGGCACUUUGUGGCAAAGAGUCAGUGGUGCGCACGCUGCUCAGAGCGGGUAUCGACUUAAAUGCAACGGAUGCAGAGGGACGCACAGCGCUGGAUAUACUCAAAGAAUUUCCGCCGCAUGUCACUAAACAUAUUAUCGCAGUAAUUAAUAAUUUCCGCAAUCAAAUGGACGUGGACGAUGGCGACGAGGUGGUCGUCUUCCGUCAUCAACAUCCCCCACCACCGCCUCAACGUCAGAGCAGCAGUUUGAGUCACUACCAGAAACAACAACACAACAAUCACUAUCACUUCAAUUCAAACAAUCAUUUACUCAAUCAUGCGCACUCACUGCAGCAGUCUUCCACAUAUGCCAGUAAUGUUGGCACCGGCGGCGGCAGUGGUGGGCACAAUAGUAAACAAAGAAUCGGCAGUAGUCUUAAUGGUGGCAAAUCACUGGAUAGCGGUCUCCAACCGGAUCACUAUGCAUCUGUUGGACGUGGCGGGUAUCACGAAGUGAACUCACCGGUCCACAGCACUUCCAAUAAUUCGCAGAAUGAAAUGGGUGUGAGUCCUUCGUCGUCGAUGAGUAGUUUUGAGCCAGUUUCGGUGUCACCACGCUCACGCUCUUCCACUGGCGGCAUAAUCGCCAAUCCCAUGCACAUGAGCACUUUUGCACCGGUUGCACCGCCGAAAAAGCCACCGCGUCGCAACUUAUCCGUUUCGCCCACCCAUUCUGGCCAACAGUUCAGUUACACUUCGCCAAAUCAUAACCAACAUAAGCAACAAACGCGCACCGGUCAGCAAUAUCAUAGUCCAUCUACGGAGAGUCCCUAUAGCGGUCAUCAGAGUCAUGGUAGUGUGGGUGGUAUGAGUUUCGAUGAGACAACGCACUUGCGCGAACGUCAGCGAGGUGAACGUCUGCAUGCGAGUGCACGAGAGAAUGCACGUUCGACGACGGGCGUACUAAUGGCGUCGAGCUCAAAUGACAUGUUGGAACGCAUGAAUUACAGCAGUGAAGAACGCGCCGAUUCUACGGAAGGUGGCGGCACUUCAAACUCCAUGAAACGACCACUGAACAAGUCGCAUGAAGUGAGCAGUGAAAUUAUAAAUUGUGAGAAUCCGACACUCAAGUCAUAUAAUCCAAAUAGGAAGCUUAAAAGGAAUCGCAAUAGUUACUCGCUUAGCAUCAGCGACACCAAAGAGAACAAGAAUGAUGGUAAGCCGCAAAUACCACUCAGUCCGACGAACUAUCAGCAACCGCCAACGCCUGAUCACCCACCACCCUCUUCCAGUCAAGCCGAACGCACGAUACAUGAGCGCAUACGACCGCUCAGCAUGGAGUAUAAGCGGCGUUCGGCGCUCAUACAGCUACAACAACAACAAAAGCAACAUAGUAAAAGUAUGAUCGAUUCCAGCACCUCACCAGCAAAACAUUGGCAGGCGGCGCUCAUACCAACACCCACAUUUGAUUACCCCGUUGGCAGUCUGUCACCAAAGCACAGCGUCAAUGCGUGACCCACCACUACAAUGUGUAAUGUGCGACGCAACGUCGGCAGUGGUGGUGGCGGCGGCGGCGGCGGCGGCGGCGGUAUACAGGGUUCCUCUGGCUCGCUUAGCUCCAGCGUUUCACUCUCCGAUCACAGCCUCUCCACCGAUUGCGUGGAGGAGUUUAUUAGUGACGCACCAUUUGCUGGACUCUUCAAGGGUUCGAGCGUUAAUUUACGACAUGAAAAACGUACAAUGGGUAACCGUAAACUGGGCAUACCGUCAGCAGUACGAAGCGUAUCCGCAUCCGCUGCGGAGGGUCAAUCACAACAACAGCAACAACGUACACGCCCACCUAUACCCACCAAACCCGUUUUGCCAGAUUGUAAUAAAAUGCUCAAGUCAAUGUCCGUCACAGCCAAGGAAACCAAGACGUUAAGUACUCAAGAUGAUUGUGAUUUGACUGAGACCCGCAGCGAUAAUACCAGUCACGUAAGUCAAGGUGUAAGCAUUUGUUUGGAAGGUGAGCAUAGUAAUGGUAAUGGGAAUGGGAAUGAGCACAAUAUAUGUAACGACAAUGGUAAUGAAGACAUGGAGGCAGCUCUAUCGGCGAUUACAGCGGCCACCACCCAGAGCAGCGGCAUACUUAGUCCCUUCAAUGCCGAGGAGGCACGUAAGAAGAUCUCAGAAAUUAUCGAAUCUUUCGGCAGCGGUAUUUUGAACACCACUUUAACACCCACAAACGAUAUUGACUUGGAGUUCGACGAGGGUAUCGAACCUGCGGAACGACGUGAGUUGGCUGUGCGUUUAAGAAACGUGGGUUUGUUACAUUUGGAACGCAUGCUCUUCGAGAAUGGCUACGACAACUAUAAAUUCAUGAAUGGGGUUUUCGAGUCACACGACACUCAGUUGAUGGAUAUACGAAUACCGGAUGCCACCAAAUUGAUUUCUUUCGUACUAACUUUACCGAGAGCUGAAUUUCAACCACAAAUUAUAGCAACAAAUAAACAGAAAAACGGUAAAUCCGAUAAGAGCGACGACACAACGAUGGAGAAAAAAGGCGUGGCAACACUUAGUGAGUGGUUGCAAAGUAUUAGCUUGCCCGAGUACAUUGAAUCGUUCAGCAAGCAUUUAUAUAACACCAUUGAUAGCGUUUGUGGUGUAUGGGAUGUGGAACUGCAAACAGUUUUGGAAAUCAACAAGUUGGGUCAUCGACGACGCAUACUCCAAUCGGUUGCCUACAUAAGACAAAUACGUGAGCCAAAUAAAACCGAAAAAUCUGGUGAAAGUGAAAAUAAUGGAAUUGGAAAAAUAAGCCCAGCCGCCAAUGGUGACUGUGGUAUGAAAGAAGCUCAGACCAAACCGCAGCAGGCACAGCCACAGCAACGAACAUCAAUUACGGGUUAUAGAAAAAAUCGACCUGCACCGCAACCGCCUUGUGAGAAGCCCCAACAGCAAGCUCAAUUGCAAAUACGCGCACCUUCCGAAUUACUACUGGGUUUGCCAGCAAAUUUACGCACAAAAUGGCGACACUCCGCCAAUGUUUUACUCAACGAACAAAUUAAAUAUGAAGUUUAUUAUCUCGGCUCAACGGUUGUGAAGGAGUUAAGAGGUACCGAAUCAACACGAAAAUCGAUACAAAAACUGAAACGUGAUGAAUCCGCUGAUCAACAAACAUCGCUGAAUAAUCGUAACGGCAAAAAUAAUCGGACGAAACCAGCGCUCGUCUGUUUAGCCAUAUCACAUUUGGGCGUUGAAUUUAUCGAUGUUAAUAGCAAGCAAACGAUUUGUGAACACGAAAUACAAAAUAUCAAUUGCGCCUGUCAGGAUUCAGAUGACUUAAGACAUUUCGCAUACAUCACCAAGGAACUGGAUACACACUACUGCCAUGUUUUCUAUGUGGAGAGCACGGAUUUAGCCACCGAUAUCAUACUCACACUGGGUCAAGCUUUCGAGGUCGCCUAUCAGUUGGCUUUACGCGAUGGUAUUACACAGACCGCAGUGACAGCGUUAGGCGGUAACUCAUUGCUAACUGGUGUGAAAAGUGGUGAAACAGUGACAGUUGAAUGAAAAUAGAUGCAGCGGCAUUAGAGAAAUGGAAAACAAAUUGUUAAAUUACUAAUUAGCUCAAACGAUAGUUGUGUGAAAGGAAACGAAAAACAAAAUUUGAAGAAAUUUAUUAAAUAUUAUAAACGCUAUUAGCCAAAUUCUGCAGAUUAGUAGUUAAGAGAAGAUCGUUCGUUAAAUGAAUUGGUGUGUUUUCGGAAUUAAAGCAAAAAAAAAUUAUUGAUUGCAUUUAAGAAAGAAAGAAAAAAAUGUUGCUUAACUUAAAAUAAAAAUAUAUUACCUCUACAGCAAUGUAAGUUUUAAUUAGUUUACAUUGUAAAAUUUGAAAAAAAUUUUUUGU